GGCAGGCGGGCAAACCGGUCGGGUGGCUCCCAGCCUCACAGCUGGGCUGGCACCCAUAUUCUGACAGUCGCUGGGGUUGGCACGGCAGCUCAGCAGCUGGGCACGGAGCUGGGGCCGAGAGGCCACCACCAGGUACGGGGGCCCCGGGCUGAAGGGGGAGGCAGCGGGUGUGAACCACACAUCUGGCCCCAAAGUGUGCCCCAACCCUCACUGCCCCAUCUCUGCCCCUUGGCUUCCCGUCCACGCUUACCCAGCAGCAUCUUCUCCCUAGACUUUGCUUUAGGCUCUUCACGUUUUCCCAGGAUGCCCCAGUCCGUCCCCAGUUUGCUGAACUUCCCCCCAAACCACACCACCCUGAUUUCAUUUCCUUCCCCAGCACCCACUUCCCUCCAAACCCUCAUCCAGGCCCCCAAAUGCACCCAGCUCUGAAUGUCAAGCACCCUGAAUUGCUCGGCUGCUCCCCAACUUUCGCCACAAGGGUUUCAUGGUUUCAUAAAGGCCCAUCAAAGCUCAGCAGCCUCCCCACCCCCGCCACAGCGCCCCCAUUACCAGCAAGCCUGCUCAGCCCUUCCCAGCUGGGGGUGUCCAAACACCCAGCCCAUGGGAAUCUCGCUCGCCCCCAAAUUAUCCCCAACCCCUCUCCCCCACCCUGGUCACUCACACUCAGCGGAUCAUCCUCCAGCCCCCCUUCAGUGUCCCAGGAACGUGAUAUUGGGGACAGGAUCUCACCUGUCCCAGAGGCAGGCAGGGACCCUAUGUCAGAUCUCUGCUGUGCGUACUGCCUAGCACUGGGCACUGAGCCAUCAGCUCCCUGCUCCGACCUGUCCCCCCAGGAGCAGCCUCUGACACCCCUCGCCGGCCACCAUGCAGAAGCCCUUCCACAUCCACUUCGCCAAAGGUGCCCUGCCCCCCUGCACCCCCCCGGAACGCUACUUCUUGGACUCCAAGUUGGGUCACCAGGGAGGAUGCUGUCACCAGUGGCGCCAUGACCCAGCAGCCCCUCCAGCCCACGGGCCCUGUUCGCUGCCCCCUCUGCCCCACUGGCAGCUGGCCUAUCAUGGCCGGCAGGAGGGCGGUGGCAGCCGGUGCCUGGACCCCCAGCCCCCAGUCCUGCAGCAACAUCAGAAGCAGCAGCAGCAGCGACGGCGGCAGCCCCAGCCCCCACCUCCCUGCCCACCGCGACAGCGGCUCUGCCCUGUCCACGGGGCCCAGAGGGGGCCGCCUGCAGCAGCCACUGCCCUCAUGGCCCUGGCCAGCGCCCCCCAGCCGCUCCCUGCGCCCAUCACCUCACUCACCAGUGCACCUACCACCUCACUCACCUGUGCGCCCGCCGGUGUACCCACUGUAGCCAGCAGCGGCCCAGCCCCACCCUCAGCAGCCGGCACCUUCCUGGAGCCCAGCAAGCCCACUGAUGUCCAGCCCCUGCCAGCCCCGGUGGCCUGCGGCCCCUUUGCUUCCUACAACUCCGACAUUCUGACAGAGGAUGACGUCUACUGUAGCUGCCUGGCCAAGACCUUGUGCCACGUGCCCGUGCCGGUGACCGUAGGUUUCUAUGCCCCCUUCGGCUGCCGCCUGCACAUGAUGCUGGACAAGAUCACCUCGCUGAUGGAGCAGGAGGCCGCGCAGCGCGAGUCCGAGGAGCUGCGGCGCGUGCGGUGGCGGCCUCGGCAGGUGAGCGGCUGGGGCUUGCCGCAGCUGCUGUGGUACCUGGUGUUCCUGAAGCCGGUCAUCACCGAGGUGCACCUGCGGCGCAAGAACGUGCAGUUCCUCUUCAUCCGCUUCAGCGCCUGGCAGUACGCGGGCACCGACAAGCUGUGGGCCGGCCUGGUGACCACGCUGUGCGAGGGCAUCCGCCACCACUACGGCGCGCUGCCCUUCAGCGUUUACUCAGUGCUGAGCAACAAGCCGGUCACUUCGGCGGGCUUCUACCAGCGCGAGUGGCACUGCCGAUGCCGUGUGUGCCUUGUGCUGCUGGCGCUGCUGGCGGCGCUCAGCCUCGGCGUGGGCCUGCUCUACCUGUCCCUGAGCGGCCACGCGCUGGGUCACGCGCUGGGCCACGCGAGCGGCAGCGGCAGCGUGCUCAAGGCGUUCGGAGGCGCGGCCACCACGCUGUCGGGCUCGGGGCUGCUCAUGGCCGUGUACUCGGUGGGCAAGCACCUGUUUGUGAGCCAGCGCAAGAGGAUCGAGCGGCUGGUGUCCCGUGAGAAGUUUGGCAGCCAGCUGGGCUUCAUGUGCGAGGUGAAGAAGGAGGUGGAGCUGCUCACCGAUUUCCUGUGCUUCCUGGAGAUCUACCAGCGGCGCCGACUGCGCGUCGUGCUCGAGGUCACCGGGCUGGACACGUGCUACCCGGAGCGCGUGGUGGGCGUGCUCAAUGCCAUCAACACGCUGCUGUCCGACAGCCACGCACCAUUCAUCUUCAUCUUGGUCGUGGACCCCAGCAUCCUGGCCGCGUGCCUCGAGAGCGCCAGCAACAUGAAGGGCACGGCCGACAACGGCUACCACUUCCUCAACCGCACGGUUACGCUGCCCUUCUCCGUGCCCAUCAUGGGCCGCCGCACCAAGCUGCAGUUCCUGCACGACGCAGUGCAGAGCCGCGACGACCUGCUCUACCGCGAGAUCACGCGCAAGCUGCGGUCGCCGGGCGGGGGCAGGAGCAGCCGGGACAACACUGAGGCCGAGCACCUGCUGGCGGUGGAGAUGCACCCGGGCGCCGAGCACGCGCAGAGCCGCAUCGACGCGGAGGCGGCGCGCCGCAUCCAGGAGGCGCUUUUGUGUCUGCACGACGCGCGCGACUGCCUCUACGAGUACGUGCCCGACAACGUGGUGUCCAUGCGGCGCAUCGUCAACACCGUGCCCAUCACCGUGCGCCUGCUGCUGCAGCAGCAGCCGCAGGGGAACUUUAGGGGUCCCACGCCGCGCCAGGCCGUGGCUUGGGUCGUGCUCGCCAACCAGUGGCCGUGCCGCCUCAGCUGGGUGCUGCAGUGCCUCGAGGACGGGCAGCAGGCCGGGGGCGCGCCCCAGGGGCGCGCGCGCCUCUGGAACGUGUUCUGCGACAACAGCCGCGAGCUCCACACCAUGACCGAAGCGUUGAAGAACGUACUCGACCUGGACGGCGACCCAGAACUCUUCGAGCGCUUCUUGGGCGCCGACUUCCCCUUCACGGUGGACGAGGCGCAGAGCUUGCUGCGCUGCACCGUCAACCUGGACCACUCCAUCCGCCGCCGCAUGGGCCUUAUCCGUGCGGUCAGCACGCUCAAGCCGCCCAGCCCGCCCAAAUCCCCUGCCCGGGAUGUCUCCCACGCCAUCAACGGCGCCGCCAACAAAGCCAGCACCUCCGGGGCGUCCCCGUCAGGCCACGACGCAGAACAUGCCUUUAGGCAUGCCAGCAACGCCCACCAACCCUCAGACUGGGCGAAAGGGGGCAAGCCUAGGCCCCUGGCCUGAGCGCCCUUUCCUUCCAGGGAACCCAGCCCAAGUGGACCUUGAAUGGAGGACUCCAGCCAGCAGAAGCAACAGCUACUUUUUGGCCCAGAUGAGGGCAAAAGGUCCAGAAUGGGUCUAAGGCCCAGAGACCAUUGUCUAGAGUCUGGAGUGAGGCCUGUGAUAGCCACAUUCCCCAGACAGAGCAGUUGGCAGCAGCCCCCAAGAGUGGGGUGGUGUCAGAGAGCAGAUCCAGGAUCAGUGAGGAACUGAGGAUUGAAGUGCAAUAAAUGAAGGUGUGUAAAGCCCCCAACUGGUCUUUAUGCCUUGGUCUUGCCUGGCUAGGUGAGGAUUGGGCUAGGCCUGCCCUGUCCUGUCAUACCCCCUCAGAGCUUCAGGCUGGCAGCCUUGUCAUGGGCAUCCCUGGCAGCGAAAGGGACUGCGGGGGUGGUGGGCGAGGCUUCAGAGGCAGAGGAGAGGAAGGACGGAUGUGCCAGGUUGACUCAGGUGAAGGAGAGCGUCCAGGCCUCAGGGUAUUCAGGUCCUUGUCCCCACACCCUAGCCUGCCCCUCUGUGGGCAGGGCUGGAGCUGGCAUUUCCGAGGGUGGUGUCCCCGGUGACCUCAGCAGGCUGCUCCACCCUCAUCAUAAUAAUGUAAUUAGGCCUCGUUGGCACCUCAGACAGCUGGGGUGGGCAGCUCAGCCUCCCCCAGAAAAGUAACUUGUCCAGGGCUGCCUGCCUGACAGGCCAUUCCAGGGCCAUGGGUUUGACACUGAAGCCAUCUGCUCAGCCCCUAGGUGGGCAGCUGAGGCCUGGGAUAUUGAGGGACAGAGAUGGGGACACUUAACAGGACAUAGAGCAGGAGCCAGGCCAGACAAGAGGGGCACCCUGGGGCUGGAGCUGGGCUCGGCCAGCCUGGCUCCAGCCUCCCCCUUCCCAGAGAUCUUGGAGAUGGCACACCUGUGGGCAGCGUCAGAUUCCUUGUUGGUCAAAUAUUCAGCCACACCCGCAGGCCUGGGGUUUGCCCGGCCCUGUCCAGUGGGGGGACCAACACUGAACAUACCCUAUGUGACUGGAAGGUGAGGGUGGGCGGAGGGGACAGUCCCAGAGGGA